AUGACUGGGAUGCGACGCCGCGGCUCUGGCCUUGCAUUUGCUGCCGCACUGGCUGCUCUCAUGCUCUCAGCUCCACCUGUGUUUGACCCCCACUUUCCUGUAUCUGAACCCCACGUGCCUGAGUGCAGACUCGUGCGUGGUGCGCAACUGCGGCACCAACGCGAGGUGCCUCAAGAGCCAGGCGGGCUGGGCGGACUGCGUAUCUGUGUACGGUCGAGGACUGUGGGGAGAACGGGUACUGUGAGGAGGACCAAGGAGGACUCUCCUCCUGUCAUUGCAACACUGGAUUUGAAAAGACUGCGGACGGCUGUGUUGGCGUGUGCUGGAAACGGCCAGUGCGUGAAGGAUGAGCAGGGGGCGGCGUCCUGUGUUUGUGAUCCUUACUUCGGGCUGGAGGCAGACGGCAAGACAUGCACAGACACAUGUGUGCUCCAGGAGUGUGGUGAGAACGGCCAGUGCGUGCAGGACGAGAAUGGGGCGGCGUCCUGUGUUUGUGACCCUGGCUUCACGCUGCGCGAUGAUGGCAAGUCGUGCCACGACAAUUCGCCCAACGGGCCACCUGAUUUUGUUGACCUGCCGCCUUCUGCUAUCAACCGCCCCUGCCCAGAGGGCAAAGAGAGGGACGCAGACGGCAACUGCGUUGGUGGGUGCUGUGGGAAAGAGUGA